CCCGGCGCUCUCCGAACUUGUCUGCCGCAGCCUGCCGGCGCGCACUUCGUGGCUCUCGGAGCGACUGUCGGCGCCCGCGCACCCGGACCAUGCGGGCAGCCCGGACCCCGGGCGUCGCUCCCCGAGCGCGCGGGGCAGCCAGCGCCGCCAGCUCGCAGCCGGUCCCUGCGCCGCCGCCCUGGCCGCUGCUGCUGCUGCUGCUGCUCCUGUCUCUGGUAAGCCCCGUCUCUGCGCAGCCCGCCGCCCCUGACCGAGCGCUGCUGUCCUCGGGUCUCGCGGGGGCUUCGGGGGUGCCUGCGGAAGAGGCCAUUGUGCUGGCGAACCGCGGACUCCGGGUGCCCUUCGGGCGCGAGGUCUGGCUGGACCCGCUGCACGACCUACUGCUGCAGGUGCAGCCCGGGGACCGCUGCGCCGUGACUGUGCUGGACAACGACGCGCUGGCGCAGCGGCCCGGCCGCCUGAGUCCCAAGCGCUUCCCGUGCGACUUCGGCCCCCGCGAGGUGCGCUACUCGCACCUGGGCGCGCGCAGCCCGUCGCGCGACCGCGUCCGGCUGCAGCUGCGCUACGACUCUCCGGGAAGGGCGGUCGUGCUACCCCUGGUGCUGGAGGUGGAAGUAGUCUUCACUCAGCUGGAGGUCGUGACUCGAAAUUUACCGCUGGUCGUGGAAGAACUGCUGGGGACCAGCAAUGCCCUGGACGCGCGGAGUUUGGAGUUCGCCUACCAGCCGGACGCGGAGGAGUGCCGCGUGGGCAUCCUGUCUGGCCUGAGCGCGCUGCCCCGCUACGGAGAGCUCCUGCACUACCCGCAGGUUCCUGCAGGAGCCGGAGAGGGGGGCGCCCCGGAGCCCUUCCUGAUGGACUGCAGAGCAUUCCAGGAGCUGGGCGUGCGGUACCGCCACACGGCGCCCAGUCGCUCACCGAACAGAGACUGGGUGCCCAUGGUGGUGGAGCUGCGUUCGCGAGGCGCUCCUGUGGGCAGCCCUGCUUUAAAACGCGAGCACUUCCAGGUGCUGGUGAGGAUCCGCGGAGGCGCGGAGAACACCGCGCCCAAGCCCAGCUUUGUGGCCAUGAUGAUGAUGGAAGUGGACCAGUUUGUACUGACUGCGCUGACUCCAGACAUGCUGGCGGCAGAGGAUGCUGAGUCGCCCCCGGACCUCUUGGUCUUCAACCUCACUUCUUCCUUCCAGCCUGGCCAGGGCUACUUGGUGAGCACCGAUGACCGCAGCCUGCCCCUUUCCUCCUUCACUCAGAGGGAUCUGCGCCUCCUGAAGAUUGCCUACCAGCCCCCGUCUGAAGACUCUGACCAGGAGCGUCUCUUCCAACUGGAGCUGGAGGUAGUGGACCCGGAAGGAGCAGCCUCAGACCCUUUCACCUUCAUGGUGGUGGUGAAGCCCAUGAACACCUUGGCACCAGUGGUCACCCGGAACACUGGUCUGAUUCUCUAUGAGGGGCAGUCCCAGCCACUCACAAGUCCUUCAGGCAGUGGGCCACAAAACUUGGUCAUCAGUGAUGAAGACGACCUGGAAGCAGUGCGCCUGGAGGUGGUGGCUGGCCUUCGGCACGGGCACCUUUUCAUUCUGGGUGCUUCCAGUGACAGCUCUGCUCCCAAGACCUUCACAGUGGCCGAGCUGGCAGCUGGCCAGGUGAUCUACCAGCACGACGACCGCGACGGCUCCCUGAGUGACAACCUGGUGCUCCGCAUGGUGGACGGAGGAAGCAGGCACCAGGUACAGUUUCUGUUCCCCAUCACCUUAGUACCUGUGGAUGACCAGCCGCCCGUUCUCAACGCCAACACAGGGCUGACACUGGCAGAGGGUGAAACAGUGCCCAUCCUGCCCUUCACUCUGAGUGCCACCGACAUAGAUUCAGAAGACUCUCUGCUGCUUUUUGUGCUGGAAUCACCCUCCUCCACCUCGGGCCACCUGCUUCUCCGCCAAACUCAUCCUCCCCAUGAGGACCAGGAGCUGACUGGGGGCCUUUGGAGGAAGCGUGGAGAAUAUUAUGAGCGAAAAGUGACGGAGUGGCAGCAGAAGGACAUAACGGAGGGGAGGCUGUUCUACAGGCACUCUGGACCCCACAGUCCUGGGCCAGUGAUGGACCAGUUCACGUUCAGAGUCCAGGAUAACCAUGACCCGCCUAAUCAAUCAAGACUACAAAGGUUUGUGAUACGAAUUCAUCCUGUGGAUCACCUCCCUCCAGAGCUGGGCAGUGGCUGUCCGCUUCGGAUGGUGGUGCAGGAAUCCCAGCUCACACCACUGAGGAAAAAGUGGCUGUGCUACACUGACCUGGACACAGAUGACCGAGAACUUCGGUACACAGUGACCCAGCCCCCCGUGGACACCGAUGAAAACCACUCACCAGCCCCACUGGGCACUUUGGUCCUCACUGACAACCCCUCAGUGGUGGUGACCCAUUUUACCCAAGCCCAGAUCAAUCACCAUAAAAUUGCUUACAGACCCCCAAGUCAAGAGCUGGGAGUGGCUGCUCGAGUGGCCCAGUUCCAGUUCCAGGUGGCGGACCGAGCCGGGAAUGUGGCUCCUGGCACUUUCACACUUUACUUGCAGCCUGUGGACAACCAGCCACCUGACAUUCUUAACACUGGCUUCACCGUUCAGGAGAAGGGCCAUCACAUUCUGAGUGAGACUGAGUUGCAUGUGACUGAUGUCGACACUGAUGUGGCCCAUAUCUCUUUCACUCUUACACAGGCCCCUAAACACGGGCACAUACAAGUGUCUGGACAGAUGUUGCCUGUAGGAGGGUUCUUCUACUUGGAGGACAUAAAACAGGGCCGAAUUUCCUAUGUUCAUGACGGGGAUAUGUCCUUGGCUGAUAGCUGCUCCUUGGAGGUCAGUGACAGACACCAUGUGGUACCCAUCACCCUCAGAGUGAAUAUUCGGCCAGUGGACCAUGUGGUGCCCAUGUUCAGCUUUCCCACUGGUACUCUGGAGUCCUAUCUAGAUGUUUUGGAAAAUGGAGCUACUGAAAUCACUGCCUAUAUUAUUAAGGGGAGUAAUGAGUACACUGAUGAUUUGAUGCUAACUUUCCUGUUAGAAGAUCCACCCUUGCAUGGGGAGAUCUUGGUCAAUGGAGUUCUGGCAGAGCAAUUCACCCAAAGGGACAUCUUGGAAGGCUCUGUUGUCUAUGCCCACACCAGUGGUGAGAUUGGUCUGUUGCCCAAAAUGGACUCUUUUAACCUGAGUCUGUCAGAUAUGUCUCAAGAAUGGAGAAUCAGUGGCAGUAUUAUCCAGGGCGUUACUGUGUGGGUGACCAUCCUCCCUGUGGACAGUCAGUCUCCCAUAAUUUCUGUGAGUGAACAGUUUAUAGUGUUGGAAGGUGACAAAAGUGUUAUUACCUCAACACAUGUAAUUGCUGAAGAUAUCGACUCCCUGAAUGAUGACAUCUUGUGCACAAUAGUUAUUCAGCCCACUUCGGGUUAUGUCGAAAACAUUUCUCCAGCUCCAGGCUCUGAGAAAUCAAGAGCAGGGAUUGCCAUAAGUGCCUUCUCUCUAAAAGAUCUCAGGCAGAAUCACAUUAACUAUGUCCAGAGUGUCCACAAAGGGGUGGAGCCUGUGGAAGAUCGAUUUGUAUUUCGUUGUUCUGAUGGCAUUAACUUUUCAGAGAGACAGUUUUUCCCCAUUGUAAUCAUUCCCACCAAUGAUGAACAGCCAGAAAUGUUCAUGAGAGAAUUUAUGGUGAUGGAAGGCAUGAGUCUAGUGAUUGAUACGCCCAUUCUCAAUGCUGCAGAUGCUGACGUUCCCCCGGAUGAUUUAACUUUCACUAUUACCCAGUUUCCCACUCAUGGUCAUAUCAUGAACCAGCUGAUAAAUGGCACAGUUCUGGUCGAAAGCUUCACCUUGGACCAGAUCAUAGAGAGUUCCAGCAUUAUUUAUGAGCACGAUGACUCUGAGACCCAAGAAGACAGUUUUAUGAUUAAACUAACAGAUGGCAAGCACUCUGUGGAAAAGACGGUCCUCGUUAUAGUUAUUCCUGUUGAUGAUGAGACUCCCAGGAUGGCCAUCAAUAAUGGACUGGAAAUAGAAAUUGGGGAAACCAAAAUUAUCAACAACAAGAUAUUAAUGGCAACUGACUUAGACUCAGAGGACAAAUCAUUGGUUUAUAUUAUUCGUUAUGGGCCAGAACAGGGCUUAUUACAGAGACGAAAACUUACAGGUGCCUUUGAAAAUAUCACGCUGGGCAUGAAUUUUACCCAGGAUGAAGUGGACAGAAAUUUCAUUCGGUAUGUUCAUCGUGGGCGAGAGGGCAUUCGAGACUUAAUUAAAUUUGAUGUGACUGAUGGGAUAAAUCCCCUCAUAGAUCGUUACUUUUACGUAUCCAUUGGGAGCAUUGACAUUGUCUUCCCUGAUGUCAUAAGCAAGGGAGUGUCACUGAAGGAAGGUGGGAAAAUCACCCUCACAACAGACCUACUAAGCACUAGUGACUUGAACAGCCCUGAUGAAAAUUUGGUUUUUACUAUCACCAGGGCUCCCACAAGAGGUCACUUAGAGUGCACAGAUCAAACUGGAGUGUCCAUCACAUCUUUCACUCAGCUCCAACUAGCUGGCAACAAAAUCUACUACAUCCACACCGUGGAAGAUGAGGUGAAGAUGGACAGUUUUGAGUUCCAGGUCACCGAUGGUCAUAAUCCUGUCUUCCGAACUUUCCGCAUUUCCAUUAGUGACGUGGACAACAAAAAGCCAGUGGUCACCAUCCAUACCUUGGUCGUCAGUGAAAGUGAAAGCAAGCUGAUCACGCCCUUUGAACUCACUGUUGAAGACAGGGAUACCCCUGACAAGCUCCUGAAAUUCACUGUCACCCAGAUGCCAGUUCACGGUCACCUACUCUUCAACAAUACCAGGCCCAUCAUGGUUUUUACCAAGCAAGACUUGAAUGAAAACUUAAUCAGCUACAAACAUGAUGGCACAGAGUCGACUGAAGACAGUUUCUCCUUCACAGUGACUGAUGGCACUCACACAGACUUCUACGUUUUCCCUGAUACGGUGUUCGAGACGAGGAGACCUCAGAUGAUGAAGAUCCGGGUCUUAGCUGUUGAUAAUAACGCCCCUCAAAUUGCAGUGAAUAAGGGGGCUUCUACACUUCGCACUCUGACCACUGGCCACUUGGGUUUCAUGAUCACAAACAAAAUAUUGAAAGUGGAGGACAGAGACAGCCCACACUUUUCUCUUCGGUUUGUUGUGACAGAGGCCCCUCAACAUGGGUAUCUUCUGAACCUGGGCAAAGGUGACCACAGCAUCUCUCAGUUUACCCAAGCUGACAUUGAUGACAUGAAAAUAUGCUACGUCUUAAGAGAGGGAGCCAAUGCCACAAGUGAUAUGUUCCAUUUCACAGUUGAAGAUGGUGGUGGCAACAAGUUACCCAACCAGCAUUUUCGUCUGAACUGGGCAUGGAUCUCCUUUGAAAAGGAAUAUUACCUGGUCAAUGAAGACUGCAAAUUUCUAGAUGUCAUUCUUAAACGUAGAGGUUACUUGGGAGAAACUUCAUUUAUAAGUAUCGGCACACAAGAUGGGACAGCAGAAAAAGACAAAGACUUCAAGGGCAAAGCACAGAGGCAAGUGCAGUUUAACCCCGGCCAGACCAGGGCCACGUGGAGAGUGCGGAUCCUGAGUGACGGGGAACACGAGCAAUCCGAGACCUUCCAGGUGGUUCUCUCCGAGCCCGUGCUGGCAGCCCUGGAGUUCCCCGCGGUGACCACAGUGGAGAUCAUUGAUCCCGGGGAUGAGUCAACUGUCUUCAUUCCCCAGUCUGAAUAUUCCAUCGAAGAGGAUGUCGGGGAACUGUUUAUUCCCAUCAGAAGGAGUGGAGAUGUCAGCCGGGAGCUCAUGGUGAUCUGUUCUACACAGCAAGGAACAGCAACGGGAACAGUGCCAACCUCAGUGCUGUCUUACUCUGAUUACAUAUCGAGGCCGGAGGACCACACCAGUGUGGUCCGCUUUGACAAAGACGAGCGUGAGCGAAUGUGCCGGAUAGUCGUGAUUGAUGACUCCUUGUACGAAGAGAAGGAAACGUUCCGUGUCCUUCUGAGCAUGCCCAUGGGUGGGAGACUAGGCUCGGAGUUCCCUGGGGCUCAGGUUACCAUCCUUCCUGACAAAGAUGAUGAACCCACCUUCUACUUUGGGGACGUGCAGUACUCCGUGGAUGAGAGCGCUGGCCACGUGGAGGCGCGGGUGUGGAGAGUGGGUACAGAUCUCUCCAGGCCUUCCAGUGUCACGGUGAGAUCUCGGAAAACGGACCCUCCCUCUGCAGAUGCUGGAACAGACUAUGUGGGAAUCAGUCGUAACUUAGAUUUCGCACCCGGAGUCAACAUGCAGACUGUCCGUGUUACCAUUCUGGAUGACCUUGGACAGCCAGUGCUGGAAGGAAUUGAGAAAUUUGAGCUGGUGCUUCGGAUGCCUAUGAAUGCUGCCCUUGGUGAGCCCAGCAAAGCCACAGUGUCCAUAAACGACUCUGUCUCUGAUCUGCCCAAGAUGCAAUUCAAAGAAAGGGUAUACACUGGUAGUGAAAAUGAUGGGCAGAUAGCUGCAGUGAUCCAGAGGAGUGGAGACGUCCAGUACACGUCCUCGGUGAGGUGCUACACACGGCAAGGGUCUGCGCAGGUGAUGAUGGACUUUGAAGAACGUCCGAACACUGACAGCUCAAUCAUCACAUUCCUCCCUGGUGAGACUGAAAAGCCCUGUAUCCUUGAGCUGAUGGAUGACACAUUCUAUGAGGAGGUAGAGGAACUCCGCCUAGUACUUGGCACUCCACAAAGCAACUCCCCCUUUGGGGCUGCAGUUGGUGAACAAAAUGAAACUCUGAUAAGGAUCCAAGAUGAUGCUGACAAGGCUGUGAUCAAAUUUGGAGAAACCAAAUUUAGCAUCACAGAGCCCAAAGAGCCAGGACAGUCUGUGGUUGUAAAAAUUCCAGUGAUUCGCCAAGGAGACACUUCUCAAGUUUCCAUCGUGAGAGUCCACACAAAGGACGGCUCAGCCACCUCUGGGGAAGACUACCACCCUGUGUCGGAAGAAAUUGAGUUUAAGGAAGGAGAAACUCGGCACAUUGUUGAAAUUGAAAUAAUCUUCGAUGGGAUAAGAGAGAUGCGAGAAGCCUUCACCGUUCACCUAAAACCUGAUGAAAACAUGAUAGCAGAGACACAGAUGACCAAAGCCAUUGUGUAUAUAGAAGAAAUAAACAGCAUGGCAGAUGUCACUUUUCCUUCUGUUCCUCAAAUUAUGUCCUUGCUGCUGUAUGAUGACACUUCCAAAGCUAAGGAGGGCACCGGACCUGUGUCUGGCUACCCUGUCAUCUGCAUUACGGCAUGCAACCCCAAAUACUCAGACUACGACAAAACAGGCUCCAUCUGUGCAAGUGAGAACAUCAAUGACACUCUGACCCACUACCGAUGGCUGAUCAGUGCUCCCGCAGGCCCCGAUGGUGUCACCAGCCCCAUGAGGGAGGUGGACUUCGACACAUUUUUUACAUCCUCCAAGAUGAUCACCUUAGACUCCAUAUACUUUCAACCUGGCUCCAGGGUGCAGUGCGCGGCCCGUGCUGUAAACACCGACGGCAACGAAGGCCUGGAGCUCAUGAGCCCCAUCAUGACCAUCGGCAGAGAGGAAGGUCUCUGUCAGCCCCGCAUGCCUGGGGUAGUGGGUGCCGAGCCAUUCUCAGCUAAAUUACGCUACACAGGCCCACAGGACCCGGAUCACCCAAAUCUCAUCAAGCUCACCGUCACCAUGCCACACAUAGAUGGCAUGCUUCCGGUCAUCUCCACCAGGGAGCUCUCCAACUUUGAGCUGACCCUUAGCCCUGAUGGCACAAGGGUGGGGAACCACAAGUGCUCCAACCUUCUGGAUUACACGGAAGUGAAGACUCACCAUGGCUUCUUGACGGAUGCUACAAAAAAUCCAGAAGUCAUUGGAGAGACCUAUCCUUACCAGUACAGUGCGCCUCUCAGAGGGUCCAGCACCUUACGCUUCUACCGGAACCUGAACCUGGAGGCCUGUCUGUGGGAGUUUGUCAGCUACUAUGACAUGUCAGAGCUCCUCACGGACUGUGGAGGCACCAUUGGGACUGACGGACAGGUCCUAAACCUAGUGCAGUCCUACGUGACCCUGCGAGUUCCUUUGUAUGUUUCCUAUGUGUUCCAUUCCCCAGUUGGGGUAGGAGGCUGGCAGCAUUUCGAUCUGACGUCAGAGCUUCGUCUGACUUUUGUGUAUGACACCGCCAUCUUGUGGAAUGACGGGAUUGGCAGCCCACCGGAAGCUGAACUCCAAGGUUCUCUCUACCCAACCAGCAUGCGUAUUGGUGAAGAGGGGCGCCUGGCUGUGCACUUUAAGACAGAAGCUCAAUUCCAUGGUUUGUUUGUGCUGUCACAUCCGGCAUCCUUUACAAGCUCCGUGAUCAUGUCAGCUGACCAUCCAGGCCUGACUUUUUCCCUCCGCCUUAUAAGGAGUGAACCGACCUAUAACCAGCCUGUACAGCAGUGGAGCUUUGUGUCUGACUUUGCAGUACGUGACUACUCAGGGACUUACACUGUAAAGCUGGUGCCAUGUACCACACCUUCCAGUCAGGAGUACCGCCUGCCGGUCACCUGUAGCCCAAGAGAGCCUGUCACCUUUGAUCUUGACAUUCGAUUCCAACAGGUCAGUGAUCCAGUGGCAGCUGAGUUUAGCUUGAACACCCAGAUGUACCUACUCUCCAAGAAGAGUCUCUGGCUGUCUGAUGGAUCCAUGGGAUUCGGGCAAGAGAGUGAUGUUGCUUUUGCAGAAGGUGAUAUCAUUUACGGUCGUGUCAUGGUAGAUCCCGUCCAGAAUCUCGGUGACUCCUUCUACUGCAGCAUAGAGAAGGUGUUCCUUUGCACUGGAGCUGAUGGCUACGUUCCCAAAUACAACCCAACCAAUGAAGAGUACGGCUGCCUAGCGGACUCCUCUUCACUCUUGUAUAGAUUUAAAAUUGUGGAUAAGGCUCAGCCAGAGACACAAGCCACCAGUUUUGGAAAUGUCCUGUUCAAUGCCAAACUAGCAGCAGAUGACCCUGAAGCUAUUCUCCUAGUGAAUCAACCUGGAUCUGAUGGAUUUAAAGUUGACUCAACCCCACUCUUUCAGGUGGCUCUGGGCCGGGAAUGGUACAUACACACCAUUUACACAGUAAGAUCAAAAGACAACACCAAUCGAGGCAUUGGCAAAAGAAGUGUGGAAUCCCAGUACCACGCUCUUGCGCAGCACGGGAAGCCCCACGCAACUACCAAGAGCAGGAAGGAAAGGGAGAUCAGGAGCACGCCCCCACUGGCGUGGGAAAUUGGUGCUGAAAACAACCGAGGAACAAACAUCCAGCACAUUGCCCUGGACCGCACCACCAGGAGGCAGAUCCCUCAAGAGAGAGUUCCUCCUAAUGGUGUCCUGCCGCGGGAGCUCAACAGUCCCAGCUCCGAGCUCAGCCUGGUCACUGUUGGGGGAGGCGUUGCGGUGGGAUUGCUCACCAUCUGCCUCACUGUCAUUGUGGCAGUGAUGUGCAAGAGCAAGAAAAGUGCCAGUGGGAAGGACACCCCGAGGGGCUCAGGCAUCAGCAAGCCCACCAGGUCCUCACAGAUCCACUGUGGUGACAGCUCAGAGGUGUGAUGACCACAGGUCAGAGUCACCCUUCUUCUGAAGUGCCUCAGACAAGACUAAAACAGAACCCCAGAUGCUUCUGGUCCACAGCAGAAAAUUGGGGACUUCUGUGAUGCAGCUGCUCAGAGAACCCUUCUGGGCUAAUAUACUUUGAUUUGAAUUCUGUCUACUCUCUAUGCAUCAAAGGACAAAUUCAGACCAUGGCUUUCCUCUUCCCCGUGGGGCAUCAACAGUGUACUCACACCUACACAGACAGAGCCAUGGAUGGAUGGAAACAUACUUCUUUUAUGCACGUUCUCUACACACUGGAGAUGAACCUGCUCAAAGGUGCUAAGAGACUCUCUCCGGAGCUUGAGAGGAGUCUAUUGUUACCAUGUUAGUGGGAACUUUGAAGGUACAAUUAUCACAUUGUGUAUUCAUUUGUAACCUAUGAUUACUAGAAAGGUUUUAGUGGGUAGUCUGCAAGACUGAUAAACACACACUGUUUAUUCACUGUUUAUUAUGACAAGUUUUCUAAUAGGUGAAGACAGCAUAGAAUUAUGACCAGGGCUAACUGAAACCACAAAUCACCUUUUCCACUAUUUGGAAAAGAGAAGAAAGAAAGAUAGAAAUGAACUCACUUGCUUGGAUUGGAACUGCUUUUCAUCCUUCUCAAACCCUCUUUGUUUCAUUUGCUAUUUAAUUUUAAAUUAAGCCAAAGAAUGUGUUAAUUUUAGGAAAAAAAAUUUAUAAAUAGAGCUCUUGCAUGGCGAUAUACCUUACUGGUGCUCAACACUUGUGGGAAAUGAGAGAAUAGGUGACAUUUUUAUGACAAAGAAACAACGUAGAGUCAGAUUCACUAUAAGACGAAGUUCUGUAAGAACUGAGCCUAGAGAUUUGCAGUAUUGAACCCCAUGAAUGACACUGAGAAACAUCUUUACAGAUGCAGAAGGAAGACAGUGCUAUUUAUUAAUAUAAUAUGUAUAACCAAAGUGACUUGUAGACAUACUUUGUAGAAUAAAAGAACAUUUUGACAGGUGACAAAUGAGGUUAGCUCUCAGAGUGGCAGAGGAAGACAAAAGCAUCCAGAACUUAAAUCGACUAUAGGAUAUUUUAUUAGAUUUCUAAUCACACCUGAUCAAAACAGUAGAAAUCUCUGCAGUGUCAUUCCAGAAAUGGUCUUCCAGGUGACCAGCCUGAUGAGCACAUUCUUCUUCCAUCUAAGAAGAAAGCAUCAUUCUCUGGUGUGCCCAGUUCGUGAGUCAGGGCUAUGAGGUCCCUCUUCCUCCCUAAACAUAAUUUGUCAGCACUACUAGUCAUUCACCUUACAAAACCAAGAAACUGGCGUGAGGGUCAUCAGCAAGUCCCUCUUGCCUAUCUGCACAAUUUUUUUUUUAAAAUCAAAUGGUGGAAAUUGUGGUGGAGAAGUAAAAACUUCAGUAGUUUUGUGACUAAUCUUCCAAAAGCUAUUAAAUAUAUUUCAGACAAAAAUAAGGUUGGGACAAAAAGAGCGAGGUCUAAAGAUAAGCCCUCAAGGUGCUACCUGGAAUUUCUUCCCAUUCCCAGUCUCAUACUGACUGGACGUCCUGGUGGAAGGGAGGUCUUUGGAAGGCAAAUGCCUCCUCAUGCAAAGGGGCACAUUAUGCUUAGCAUCUGUAAGCACCAGCCAGCUCUUGAUUGAGAAAAGGAAGCCGUACUGGUACAGGAAGAAAGUGAAACAUGUCUAAUAUUUGCCUCCUCAUCUUUUAGGCAACUCUGCAUUUCACAUUCAAAGUCUUAUAAUGAAUAAAGUAGAAUCUUCUGUAGUAUCUUCUGUUGGGCCGUAUACAAAUAUCACCUACAUCUCAAAGAUUCCCCCCAAGAAGCUAUGUAAACAGAUAGUACUGUAAGCCCAGGAGUUCAUUCAUCAAAAUAAAUAAUAACAUGUUCAUAAUGA